UCUCUCUGUAUCUCUCUCUCUCUUUGUGUCUCUCAGUUUUAGUUUUGACCAGUAGUAGUUAAACCCAACUGGUGUCCAGCUAGAGUGGCGUGUGAAGUGUGUACAGCCGGACAGAUAUAUUAGACGUUCAUGAUAUGUGUGGAGUGUGUGACGACCGGUGUCUCAGAACGCUUCAGAACGUCGCUCAUAGGGAAGGAAGUGUGAAGGGAAGAUCACUCAACAGACGGCACAAAUGAAGACGCGUGUGUACACUAGAGAAAGUGGCCACAAACCCGAAUCGAGUGAAUCAGAGACGUGUGAGCCGUAGAUGAGAAACACAAUGAGAAGACGCUGAGAUCAUCUCAGGUCAUGAUGGAGAAGUCUGAGACCCCCUCCUCAUCCCCCCACUCCCCGCGUCUCAGCCCCCCGCACACGAGCUCUCCGGCCAGUGAUGAUGCUGUGAAACCAGAGGCAGAAACGAGCCGUUCAGAGACAACGACGACCCCCCCCCAGCAGAGCCCACCUGAAUCAUCCACAGACUCUGCCCACAUCUCCUCCUCCUUUCCAUCGUCAGCUCUCCCUCCAAACAUCCCCGUCAUUAAUCUGGGCCACAGCAAACCCCCCAUGCUGAUCCCCCCACUGACGGCCCUGCACCCCGCACCCUCGCUCCCGCUCCGUCUGGCACAUCUGUCCUCGCUGUCCGGCACCACCCUCCGCCCCCCCCCGUUUCUCCAGACUCACCCCUUUAUCAACAGCUCAUUCCUCACUUCGUCUGGAGGUUUCGGGGUCUUUAGCAGCGCUCACAUGAAGAGACGGCCGUCCGCACACUUUGAGUUGGAGCUCAAUGAAGGUCCUCCUCAGAAGUUGGCUCGCCGUGUUUUCACCAACAGUCGCGAGCGUUGGCGGCAGCAAAAUGUAAACGGGGCUUUUUCUGAACUGCGUAAACUCAUCCCGACUCAUCCACCCGACAAAAAACUCAGUAAGAACGAGAUCCUGCGACUGGCCAUGAAGUACAUCAACUUCCUCGUCAGGCUGCUGAACGAUCAGGCUAGCGAUCGGCCGCGUCAAAGAACGCCAGACGCGUCGGUGGACGGAGAAGAUGAUGCUGACGCGGCGAGACGCAGAGACUCCAUCGACUCCGUGAUGCAGCCGUCACCGGGCUCCAGUUGCUAUGGCGACACAGACGGCGAGGAGAGUGUCAGGCGGAAACCUGGGAUUCCGGAGACGGUUCAGGAACAGAUUCUGGUGGUCACAGCGAGUGACUAUCAGCGAUGACAAACAAUAAUAGAUGGAUUGAUGUCUGUUCUCUGACGACAUCACGUAGUGUCGGACUUCCUGUUGUUAAAGCCCAUAUCUUUAUUUGAUGUGUUGACAUCAGUCGGUUCUGCAUUUGUGUUCCUCUCACACACAGAAGAAGUGCUGAUGUGUUAGAAGACGUCUAAGAUGAGGAAUCAAGUACAACACUGGAGAUCGUUUGAAGGAAUAGUUCACCUAGAAAUGAAAAGUGUGUCAUGAAUGUCUCACUCUCUGGGUCAGUCGUCACCAUUGGUUGAAUACAGACAAAGAGAUUUGAAUUUCCUACUCUUGUGUUCAACAGACCAAACUCAGUAUAGAAAGACAAUUUUCCAACAAUGGUAGUCAAUGGUGUCCAAGAACAUAUCGGUUACAAGCAUUCGCUCAAAUAUCUUUCUCUGUGUUCAUCAUAACAAAGUCAUGUAUACAGAUUUGAAACAACUGGAAGGUGAGUAAAUGAUAACAGAAUCUUUAUUUCUGAGUGAACUGUCCCUUUAACAGAUCAAUAACACCAGAAGAAACUAAAAUAAUAUUGUUGUUUUUAAAGCGUUUGUUUUGUUUGUUUGUGUGGACGAAAUUCACUCAUCAGAAUCUCAUCUGUGAAUUGGGCUGUAGAGAAAAUAAAUGUGUGUCUGAACAGAGAUUAAACCCUGAAGAGAAUUGACUCCGGUUUUAUGUGUGUUGAUAUUUUUCAUAAAGUGUGAAAAUGUGUGUGUUUGUGUUAACAUCAUAUGAGUGUUGGGCAAGUUACUCUGAAAUUACUAAUUACAUUUUCAAUUGUGUAUCUCCAAAAAGUAUGUAAUUACUUAUUACUUUCUAUAUCCUGUAUCAACCUUGAUUAGUAACAUUUACAUUUAGUCAUUUAGCAGACUUAUGGCUUUAGCAGUUCAGUGAUUCAAGGAUAGACAGACUCUUAUAGAUAGAAUAUACUUUUAAUUCAUUCAAAUAAAAACAUAAAACAACAUAAAGUAAUAUUAUUAACUGACCAAAGUAUUACAAAUGUGAGAAUUAUCCAUUAAAGCACAGAUUUUAAAGUUAGACUUUGAAUUUUGAUGUCAAUUCCACUAUUGCACACACAUAUAUUACAAACAGUAUUUAGUUGAAUGACUUCAGAAGAAACUGUAAGUAAUCCCUUGCUUAACUUUUUUCAAGUGAUUAAAUUACAGUAACUAAUGACUUAGUAACUAGUUACACCCAACAUUGCACGAUAUGAAACUUGUUUUUCUGGAAAAUCAGUUUUUGUAGAAUUUGAUUCAGUAAAAUGUUUCUGUGUCCACAACAUAAGCAGCAGAUGAAUGCUGAGGUUUCUUCAGGUGAUUGUUUAUGUUCAUUAUGACUGUAAAUGAUCAAAUAGUCAUUAGAAGUAAAGCUGAGAGAAUUAUUGAUCACCACACAUUUAUUUAGGAUCAAACUGACAUGUUUUAUCAUACAGUGUGAGACUGUUACUGCUCUUCAUUUGAGUGGAUGUGUUGUGUCUGCUCGUUGUGUGAUUAGUUUUUUCCAGGAUUUUUCAUCCUGCAGAGUCGUGUCGAGUGUUAAAAGGUUCGUCCUAUGGCCGGACAGAACCGUGAGAAUGGAAGGGAGAUGGAAAAACUGUUGAAGUCACACCAGAGCCUGCCGCAGCUGUGGUAACGUGUGUGUGUGUUUGGGGGGUUAGAGGUCAAGAGAGUUCACCUGGGGGGUGUUACGCUCAUUCUGUCAGGAAACACAUACAGUUGAUGCUGUGUCAUCGCUGGCCAACCAGCUUCCUGAACCCACCGGUACAGUUACACAGAGAUGGAACAGACUGAAAACUACACACACGCACACACACAUACACACACACACACUCCUGCAGACCGCACAGUGGGAAGGAAAACUUGUGUAACUGUAAUUGUGUGUUGAAUCACAGGCCUGCGGCGCUGUGUGAGAGGCUUUUCUCAGAUACGGAGGCGACAGUGGCUUAGGGUUGGUGUGAAGCAAUAAGAUAACCACAGCCCCCCACACACACACAGCAGGGCAUUAUGGGUACCACACCCUACACCCUAGCACUGUACUCAAGCCCCUGUUUCAUCAUUCCUGCAGUGGUUACCACGGUUACGACAUCCCUACUGACACUGAGAGACACUUCCUCUGCUCACACACAACACACACUUUUUACAUUAUGAA